AUUUUACACUAUCUAACCAACUGCUGGAUAAAUAAUGGCAAGCAGAUAGUGGCUGGAUUUUAUUCAACACAUUGCUGGUGUUUUGCAGAUAAACUGUCAAGACCAUUAUAAACUGGUCUUUUCUGAACUCAAUUCAUGAUUUUAAAUUACUGAUCACUUAAAAUAUAAAAAUAUGAAAAUAUUGGCUAAAUAUAUGAGUAUAUACUCCCCUUACAUGUACAAAGGACCGAUAAAUAGGUUAGGAUCCAAAAACAUGUACUUUUUCAGAACCAGUUCCAUUUUUAAAAGAUACUGGAAACGAAUGAUUUCGAAAAAAAAGUUACUGGAAACGAAUGAGAUUCGGUUUCAUUAACGGUUCUCAAACGUGCGUCUUUCCACCAAUGUGGACGGAACAUCACAUUGCAGUGUUUACUGAGGUACUAUUCAGAUUCACUGCAAAGCCUCUACUGACUAUACAGCACGAAACGAGUCGUCCGAUUCACAAACAAACGACUCUUAUGAGUCGGUUCUAUUUAGUGCAUCAGGCGACCACUACCGAACAAAUGACUCUUCUGAACUGAUUCUUUUUAGUGAAUCAAAAGCAUUAUGACUCAGAAGGGGAGGUUAACUGACUGAACCAAUAACUUUACUAUUUUAUGUUAAAUUUUAUUUUAACAUAAAUAAUUUAUUUCAAAGUACCCAGCAGAAAACGUCCCAGACAGGCCUAUUGUUUUCUCAGCUCUGAAUAUUAUUAAAACCAAUGAACUUAUAUUCAUGCAAGAAACUUUUCUUAUUGUUGAUGCUGAGAUAAACGUUUCAUAACACAAUGAAAUCUUCAGCUAAAUGAAGAGACGCGUGUAAUCAGCCAGUUGGCUAGUGGACAGCAGGUAGGCCACUAAGCUGUUGUUGUUGUUACUUAAUAUAGCGUUCUGCACAGGACACAAUGUAACAUACCAGGGUUAUUCUUCAUUUUGUACACCUGCUACAUGAGGGGAUGGACCGAGUCACAUCAUCUGAUGGAGUGAACUAUAGCGCGGUCCUCGCGCUGGCGGCGAUCAGCUUUAUGCUGCUGCGAAAAUGGAUAGCUGGUGGUGUCUGCAAAAGCUGUGCUCGUUUGGAUGGAAAGACAGUUGUGAUCACUGGUGCCAACACAGGGAUUGGCAAGGAAACUGCAAGAGAUAUGGCUCGUAGAGGGGCUCGGGUAAUCAUGGCCUGCCGUGACCUGACACGUGCUGAGAGCGCUGCCGAAUAUAUUCGUCGCUCCACAGGAAAUGGCAAUGUAGUCAUCAGACACUUAAAUCUAGCCUCUCUCUAUUCCGUUCGAGAAUUUGCCAAAGAGUUCGUAGCCACAGAAGAACGACUGGAUAUACUCAUCAACAAUGCAGGUGUGAUGAUGUGUCCAAAAUGGAUCACAGAGGAUGGCUUUGAGACACAGCUGGCUGUCAAUCACUUGGGACAUUUUCUUCUGACCAAUCUACUAUUAGGAAUGCUGAAGAGAUCCUCCCCCAGCCGUGUAGUGAAUGUGUCCAGUGUUGCACAUGUUGGUGGUAAGAUUGAAUUUGAUGACCUUUUCUUUGACAAAAGGCCUUAUAGUCCUUUGGCCAGCUAUAAACAGAGUAAGCUGGCCAAUGUGCUUUUCUCCAAAGAACUUGCACGAAAAAUGAAAGGUACAGGAGUUUCCUCAUACUGCCUGCAUCCAGGAGUGAUUCGAACAGAGCUGAAUCGCCAUAUUCUCUUAUGGUACCCCAUGAUGAAGACUAUACUGUCUCUGCCCAGUAUGCUGCUGAUGAAAACUCCCUGGCAGGGUGCACAGACCUCCAUCUACUGUGCUGUCACUGAAGGCUUAGAGAGGAAGUCUGGCUGCUACUUCAGUGAUUGUGCUGAAAAACACCCAGCUCCAGAAGGAGAAGAUGAUGCAGUGGCAAGAAGGUUGUGGGAAGAAAGUGCUCGACUGGUCGGACUGAACAACCUGCACUGAUACUCUUCCUGAUUGCAAGCGCUCCCCCUAGUGGUGAUACCUGUCACCCAAAACUUACUAGUGAGAUGGCAGAACCACAGAAAAGGAAGUCAUGGCACAGCUAGUGCCAAGGCAAAUUACAUGAUUUGCAUCAGGUCGGGAGAUACAUAUUUGUCAGCAUGUGUGUGUGUGUGUGUGUGUGUGUGUGUGUGUGUGUGUGUGUGUGUGUGUGUGUGCGCUUUAGGGAAAGAGCAAGAAGUAAAUUGUGCUCUGUUUGUUAACCAUCCAUCAAUGAGGUAUGCUUUUUUCAAAAUCUGUGUUCUCAGGAUUCAUUCAUGAUGACAUGAUGCACAUUUCACUAUGUGCCUAACAUAUCAGAAAAAACUAGAGGUUACAUUAUGUCCAGUAUGUGCAUAUCUAAUUACGUGUAUAGACUAUGUUUGUCAUAAUUUAACCACUAGAUGGCGAUAAAUAUGUGUUCUUGGAAACAUGGCAUGCUAUGCAUUUCCCCCUACUAAAAUCAUGAUACAACAAGCCUGCAUCCUUCCACAAUGGAACACUGCAGGUCAAUAGAAAACUAAAGGGAAAUAUGGUUUGGAAAGAAGCAGACCCUGGAUCACAUGAUCACCUUGUGAUGUGGUUGUAGGUUGUAGGUUACAGUUGCAAUUAUGUAACAAGGACACUAAAAUCAAUAUAAAACAGCCAAA